AUGUAGUAUCAUUCGCUAGCAAAAGCCUAUCCAACGUAGAGCGGUGAUACUCUCAGACAGAAAAAGAAAAAUGGGGGGAGUGUGGAGACGCAUCGAAGAUGAGUAAUCUAGCGGAUGCGUACCGACCGGGGUGGGAACGAUCACGCCAUGAUUAUUGGUAUGGGAGAUUCGUGGUCAACCGCCCGAGAGAAGCGGAAGCGAAGCAUAUAGUAAAAAGUAGUUUAUAUUAUAUUUAAUAAAUGAGGAUAUUGCUAUAUUUUAUUUAGUGAACGAAGUUAUUGUUAUAUUGUGCAACGUAGUGACUUUUUUAGUGUUCCCACAGUAGCACAUUAUUUAUUGGCGAGUUCAUUAAGUGCCGGUACUUUUGCUCUCAUUUGACAGCCGUUAAAAAUAAUCAGGGGUUAGAAUGUGCUCUAACCACAUCAUACUUAUAGACCUUGGCCCAUGCAAAACUUUGACAACGUAUCCAAUUCGUUAAUCGAGAGCAAAAGUAUCGGUCCUAAGUGUUUGUGAAAAAGUGUUUCAGGAAGAUUGAUGGAAAUGUAAAUCAGAUAAAUAACUUGACGACAGCAAGAACUAUAAUAUUUGCACUCGUAUCCUUAUCUUAAAACGAUAACAAAAAUUCUGUCCGGAAUAAAACAAAUCGUUUCAACACAGUUAUCGUUUUAAAGUGGAUCGGAGUGAGUCUACUUCAUUCAUUAUGGCUAAAGUUAGUGUCGACGUUCAGGAUAUUGAGAAUAUCCUGGCACUGAAUCCACGAGUACGAAAACACUCUGUCCUGAUACCGUCCAUUGCUACCAAAAAGAAUAAGGCGCACUGGAAACGGAACGAGAAAAAGUGCCAAAGCUGCAACUUAUUGGAAAAUGACUUUUCCGACAUUAAACCCACAACCUUGUCUGAAAGGGGAGCUCUAAAAGAAGCAGCAAGAUGUCUCAAGUGCGCCGAUGCCCCUUGCCAAAAAUCUUGUCCGACUCAAUUGGACGUGAAAGCCUUCAUCACUUCAAUUGCUAAUGGGAAUUUCUAUGGUGCUGCCAAAACUAUCCUCAGCGACAACCCUCUGGGGCUCUCCUGCGGAAUGGUAUGUCCUACAAGCGACCUGUGCGUUGGUGGCUGCAAUCUCUCAGCAGCAGAAGAAGGGCCCAUCAAUAUAGGAGGUUUGCAGCAUUUUGCAGUUGAGAUUUUCAGCAAAAUGAACGUACCACAAAUACGAGAUCCCAACAUCAAAAAACCUGCGAAUUUCAAAGCGAAAAUUGCUUUAAUUGGUGGUGGGCCGGCUUCAUUGUCUUGUGCUACCUUUUUGGGUAGGCUUGGAUACCAGGAUGUCACUAUUUUUGAGAAACAACAAGUUUUGGGAGGUUUAAGCACUUGGGAAAUACCCCAGUUCAGACUACCCCAACAUGUAGUUGAUUUUGAAGCCAACUUAGUCCGAGAUUUAGGCGUUAAGGUAGAAUACCAAAGAUCCUUAUCGUCAAAAGACUUACGUGUAGAUGAUUUAAUCAAACAUUAUGAUGCAGUAUUUAUAGCAAUUGGUUUGCCGACCCCCAAAAUUAACUCCAUAUUCAAAAAAUUAACCAAAACUCAAGGCUUCUACACCUCCAAAAGUUUUUUACCAUUAGUAGCUGAGACUUCCAAAAAGGUUGGCUGCUCUUCUAUGUGCAACUCAUUGCCCAAAAUACACGGUACUGUCUUGGUGCUAGGUGCUGGAGAUACAGCAUUUGAUUGUGCUACAUCAGCCUUAAGAUGUGGUGCUAGAAGAGUUUUUGUGGUAUUCCGUAGAGGGUUCCAAAACAUCCGAGCCGUACCAGAAGAAGUAUCUGCAGCUGUAGCAGAAAACUGCGAAUUAAUUGGAUUUUUGUCACCACAUAAAGUUACAUUAAAAGACAAUCGGAUUUUUUCUGUAACUUUUAGCCGAUCGGAGCAACUAGAGAAUGGUAAAUGGAUUACUGACGAUGAACAACUAACUACCCUCAAGGCUGAUUUUGUUAUAUCAGCUUUUGGUUCUGGCUUAGAAGAUCCUGAUGUAAUCGAGGCUCUAGCUCCCCUGUCCUUAAACGAUCAAAAUUUACCAAUCGUCGACUCUAAAACCCUUCAAAGCUCUCAUCCAAAGGUCUGGAUUGGUGGUGACUUAGCGGGAGUUGCUGAAACCACUGUAGAAUCUGUAAAUGAUGGGAAAACAGCUGCUUGGUAUAUGCAUUGUGCCUUAGAAAAGCUGCCAAAAGAUUCAACUCCGCAAUUACCCCUAUUUUACACUCCCAUAGAUGAAGUGGACAUUUCAGUGGAAAUUUGUGGUGUUAAAUUUGAAAAUCCUUUUGGUUUGGCUUCAGCACCUCCAGUUACCUCUCCAGCGAUGAUUCGUCGUAGUUUUGAGCAAGGCUGGGGUUUUGUGGUCACAAAAACCUUCUCCUUGGACAAAGAUGAAGUCACAAAUAUUUCGCCGAGAAUCGUAAGAGGCACCACGUCAGGCCACAACUACGGACCACAGCAAGGUUCAUUUUUAAACAUUGAAGUUAUAUCAGAAAAGUAUUGCGACGUUUGGCUGAAAGGAAUUAGAGAAUUAAAACAAGAUUUUCCUCAGAAAGUUGUUAUUGCUUCGAUAAUGUGCGCUUUUAUUGAAGAAGACUGGAAAGAGCUGGCUAAAAAGGCGCAAGACUGUGGAUCGGAUAUGUUAGAAUUGAAUUUGAGUUGUCCACAUGGAAUGGGAGAAUCUGGAAUGGGAUUAGCUUGUGGACAGAAAGAAGAAUUAGUGUUUCAAAUAUGCAAAUGGGUGCGCAGUACCAUAACCAUUCCGUUUUUCAUCAAACUCACUCCAAAUAUCACUGAUAUAGUGACAAUAGCUACUGCUGCCAAAAACGGUGGAGCUUGGGGAGUAUCAGCAAUAAAUACCGUAUCCGGAUUGAUGGGAUUAGAUGCUAAAGGAAAUGCUUGGCCUCAUGUAGGCGCAUCACGACGUACGACUUUUGGAGGAGUUUCUGGAAACGCCACGAGACCGAUGGGCUUGAGAGCGGUAGCGGCAAUCGCUCAAGCUUUGCCAGGAUUUCCUAUACUCGGCGUUGGUGGUGUAGAAUCUGCAUAUUCAGCUUUCGAGUAUAUGCAAGUAGGUGCUAGUGCGAUGCAAGUAUGCAGUGCUGUGCAAAACCAAGAUUUCACGGUAGUUGAAGAUUACAUAACAGGAUUGAAGGCUUUACUUUAUUUGGAUGGCAAAUUGCAUGGAUGGAAUGGACAAAGUGCCCCAACAAUCAAACAUCAAAAGGGAAAGCCUGUGCAAUCCAUACGCGACAGCAGUGGCAAAUUUUUGCCACAUUUUGGUCAUUACAAGAAGCAAAGAGAUCAAAUUUUAUCCGAAAGAUUGAAAGAAAAAGUCGAUGAAAACUCAAUCAAUAUUGAGAAAGUUAACUUAACAACUAAUAAUAAUUCUACAACCAUUACCAGCAUCAUAGGACGUGCCCUUCCGAAAAUAGGAGCCUACAAGCAACUAGACAACACCCAGCAAGUGGUGGCGCUAAUCGACGACGACAUGUGCAUCAAUUGUGGCAAAUGCUACAUGGCCUGUAACGAUUCCGGAUAUCAGGCCAUCAGAUUCGAUCCGGAAAGUCACAUUCCUAAAGUCAACGACGACUGUACCGGUUGUACUCUUUGCAUGUCGGUCUGUCCCAUUAUCGAUUGCAUCACGAUGGUUCCAAAACAAAUUCCUCAUGUAAUCAAACGAGGAAUUCUGAAGCCUGCCAUUGGUAUCUCUCCAUUAGAUUAAUAUGCGUGUUUAGUAGGAUGCUGAUUGAAAUAAAAACUAUUAUGCUAACAGUUAUUUUAUUGUUGUUUAUGUUGUGAUUGU